GUGCAUGUCCUCUUGGGUGAUGCACACAGCCUAUGCCUGGGUUUCUAUAAACAUCUAAGAGCGUUUCUGCAACGCAGCUGCAUAGAUCAACAGAGCAAUAUAAGCAAUAUAACCUUGAAGUCCAGUUUAAAUGUCAGUUUAGCAGUAGAUGUGCUCCAUAUUUCCAGCAUUGAAAAGAGCCGUUAGAAAAGUGUCAAUUUGAUGAUGAAAAGAGUCAAGACAAACUGAACAGAGAUCCUCCAGCAGAACAAAAAAUGACAAAUCAAAUCCUGAUGCUCACAGCACUGACACAGAAUCUGGGUUUGUGUGUCUGUUUGCAUGCGACCAUCCAGGCUGAGGCAGCUAAGGAACUCGACGAGCUAUGUUUCCUGUCAGCGCAGUCCCUGCCCAGUCUGAAGGUGUUGAAGCACUUUCAGGUGCUGAAGCUCCUGGGAGAGGGAUCGUAUGGAAAGGUCAUGCUGGCAUUGCACAGGAAGAGAGGAACUCCGAUGGCUCUGAAGUUCUUCCCUCGAAAAUCCACCUCUCUCACCUCCUUCCUGCGUGAAUACAACCUCUCCCUUUCUUACUGCACCCAUCCUUCACUGACGCGGGCCCUCGGGAUCUUCUUCUCCACUCCGUCCUAUUAUGUUUUUGCCCAGCAAGCCUGUCUGUAUGGUGAUCUCUACAGCGUUGUUGUGUCAGAGGUCGGGGUGGAUGAGGACUGCGUCCAGAGGGUGAUGUCCCAGCUGAGUGGUGCUGUCACACACCUCCACUCCCUGGGCUUCGUCCACCGUGACAUCAAGCCCGAGAACAUUUUCCUGUGUGACAGUGCCUGCCGGUGGGUCAAGCUGGGCGACUUCGGCCUCACUCGGGCUGUCGGCACCACGGUCCGAGGCGUGUGGUACGAGUCUCCUUUCUGCAUCCCUGAGGUUGAGGAUGCAAAGAAGGUCGAGAAAGAGAUGGAGAGGAGGAUGAGGGAGGGGACUGAGGAGGAGGAGGAGGUGCAGAUGGAGGACAUCUGGAUAACAGUGCAGCCCUGUAUUGACAGCUGGGCCCUUGGCGUGCUCAUCUACUGCCUGCUGACUGGAUGCUUUCCCUGGGAGGAGAGCACGCAUGAUGACCCUGGCUACCGUAAAUACAAGAAGUGGUUUGACCGUGAGGCUGAAAAGGAGGACAGAACAGGAUAUGUUGAGGAGGAGGCGGACAGUUACCAAAUCAUGGAACAAAAGCAAAGAAGCCACCCUCCUCCCUCACAAUUUGAGGGCCUCAGCCCAUUAGUGAUGACCCUUUUAAAAGAACUCCUUAACCCUGAUCCCGAACACAGAGCAAGCCCGGAGGAGAUUCUGAGUUACUUGGGGGGACCGUGGCUCAUGGAGACAGCAAGAGAGCAGCAAAGGAGGAAAGAGGAGGCUGAGAAGGAGGCCAGGAAAGUAAGAGAAAGAGGAGGAGUGGAGGAGGAGCUGCUCAGAGAAGGAAGGGGAGAGAGAUGAGCUUUAGAUUCUGUUUUAUAGAGACUUCAAUUCAAAUGUACAAGAUGCUACUUUUUACACAUGUCUGUAAAUAUCCUGUGAGUUUUUGUGUGUCCUGAUGAGUUCAUUACUCAACAAGAAUUUAAAGUCUCAAAAGUUAAUUUGUCUUGCUUACAAAUGCCUCUGGUGAAACUGUUUUAAUAAAAUAAUCCCACAUGAA